CCAUGUCCAGUGUUGAUGAGAAAGAUCCAUUGGACUAUGUGGAGGUGAAGCCGGAGGCAGACCUGCAAGUGGCGGUUGCUUUCCUUCCCGGACGCAUAGCCGAUAGCCACAUUGCCACAGUCGCAAGACACCUUGUGUCUGCAGUGGGUUCCGUGUCGGAAAGAGCAGGAUUGUUAUCGUCGCCAGUCGCUCGUUUGACGGGAGAACUUGGUGAGACUUGGCGGGAUGUUGGGGUCAAUGUUGCUGCAGUGGUUCUGGGUCUUCAGAAACAGUUCACUGAGCAAUUGGUGGCCGGGCAGCUGACUCAAUCCUGCCGGAACUACCUGGCAACUCAAUUGUGUAUGUGGGACGAGACUGCAGGGACUUACUGUCAGAGUCUGACUGUACCAGCGGAGCGCGAGGAACAAGUGGCUUCCUACAUUGCGUCCCAUACUGGUGGCACUGGUCCUCUUUUGCAGCUCCUUGGAAGUGGGCUCCAAGCUGGCAAAGCAUAUUUGGUUGCGAGCAUCAUGACGCAGUUUGGUGAGGUCGUAGACAUGGACUCAUCAGAUUGGGAGGCACCUGUCCUCCUAAAGGUUGUUGAAGCCAUGGCAUCGGCAUCACCAUCAAGAAACGACAACUAUGACUAUGACAACAUGGCCAUUGCCAAUGCCACUAUUCCAUUCCUCCGAGUGCAUGCAGAUGGCUCACUGUCAAUGUGUCCUGAUGAAGCUGACGAAGAUGCUCAGAAGUCUCAGAAGACAGAAGCAAGUCAGCAGGCUGGGGGAAAGCGUGCGGCCCAGGGUACCUUGCCUGAAGUGCUUGAGCCGAAGCCAAAGGCAAAGUUUAUGGCCAGCACGAAGGCCUUUGACUUCAAGAAGGCUUUGGGUGUGACUGGCCCUGGCUCUGGUGGCAGUCGCGGUCUUCGUCAGCGUCGUGGUUGCAGGAGUGUGUCUGAUUGUGAGCACCGGCAUGAGUCGCAAGAGCAGCCAGCCCAUUGGCAUACCAGCCCUGGUCUUGGCACCUCUUCCUCCUCUUCCUCUUCAGCAAGUGAACCACAUCCAAAUCCUCAUCAUGGUCAUCACAUUGCGACUGAGGAAGAGGCUUUCCAACUCCUCUUCGAUGGCAUGAUGCUCACGGCCUCAACUAUCAAGACUGCUCUGGACGCAUGGAUGCCCUUGGCAGCUUCCAAACAGUCUGCGCUGGUGGCUGGGGCAAAGUACCAUGUUGUUAUCCUGGUUGCCGAUGGAGCUCUGUCCAAUGCGCUUGUCAAAAAGUUCGAGGAUUUGCCAUGUUCAUGGCCAUGGGGUGUAGCAAAAGACACGGACACGGCCUUGGAGAUGAAGGGCACAGGACGUGGUCGUGGCCGGGGUGGAAAAGGCGGCAGAAAAGGCAGUGGAAAGGGCAAAGAACAUGCUCAGGCUGAGACUUCAGAAGCCAAUCAGAAGAAGGAGAAUCAGACUCAGACAAAAAAGGCAUUUCUUCUCACAAACUUGGUUAGAGCUGGUAACCAAAUGGGUGGAAGUGGAUCAUGGACGCUUCUGGGCAGGGCUUUGGAAGGUCUUGUUGAUGAGAAUCUUGAGUUGCGCCCCAUGUCCCAGCGUCCGGCAGAUGAUAUGUUGAGAUGGAACCAAUACAUUCUGAAGGUCAUUGGCAAGGUACCUCCUGACUUCGACAUAGUCGCAUUUGACUCUGACAGUGGCUCUGGAAAUGAGCUGCCGCUGACCAAGCGGAAUGGAGUGUUGGAGUCUGCAAUUGAGUUGUUGAGGCUCGUUGGGUACUCUGAUUGGAGAUUCAAUACGAUCGCCGUCUACGUCGAGGUCCAGCAAUCAGAUGCUGCUGCAUACAUGGCGCAACAGCGAACCAGGGCCAACGACCUCCAAACGCCGUUGAAACUGUUUCUCUUGAUGGAAACCAAUCAGCCAAUACGGCGCCUCCUCUUCUACGUCUUACGAUACGAGUGUGAAAGUCAAGACAACGAGGAGUCUGAUCUGAGAGAACUUUGCAGAAGGUACUUGUUCAACUUCGAAAGUGAUGGGCUAAGGGCAUCUGGCAAAGUCACUGGCAAGUCAAUGUCAGAGCUUACUGCUUUGGCAGUGGAUGCGGAUCAUGAGCUUCAACGCAGCUUUCAGGGAGUUUGUCCAGGUGGCAAGUACCACAUGUCGAGACAGCCGUCUCGGUCCACAAAUGAUAUCGAUUCAGUCGAUGGCAAGGGCGACAAUGAUGAUGAUGAUGACAAAGAUGCUGGGCCUGGGCGGCCGAAGCCGAAGGCCAAAAGACGACGGAAGAAGGAUCGCCGACUAGUUCUGAGGGACUGCUGCAACUAUGGGAAAGGUAUGAAAUUCAGUGGUGAUCAGAGUGGAGCUGCAUCGCAGAAAGUUGGGCGAAUGCAUGGCCUUCAUGCCUCUGGUGGCUUGAAAGCAUCGUUCACGCGUUUGGCAAAGUCAUCCAACAAAGUCGUGAAAUGCGAGCGGAAAGAAGAGCGGAAAUCUCGGAAAAAACGCAGGCUCGAAGCGGAGGAGGUUGCAGCUGAGUCUGAUCAGCGCAAAGGGCUGUGGGGAGUGAAGCUGAACAGCCAGCAGCCUGUCGAUCCUGGGGCCGUAGUGGCUGCCAGGCAGCAAGGCAUGACGAGAACAAAUGCUGCUUCACGAUUCGAAGAGGAAGUUCCAGAGUUUGACCAUGAGCCCCUCAUGCAAACCAGGAUGCAACAGGAGACUGUGGCAAGGUACCAUGUUCAAUGUUCUGUGAAAGGCUUCUGCUCGAAGGAGCUAUCCACUCUCAAAGAUGAAGUUCAUCUUUUGCACACGCUUCUGUUGAAGGAAAUACGGUGCCAGAUUGACAAGAACCUGCCACAUCCUUUGUCAAAGGACUUCUUGUGCUCAGGGGAUGCGGCCAUUGCGGUGAGAUACAAUUGCAGUUCUUCCAGCGGAGACAGUUUGCAGUGCAAGGUGUACCUGGUCGCAAGCAUGUGCCUGAAACCACUGGGUGCGGUGCUGGCCUCCAUGUCACUGCAGCCACCAGAUGAUUCUCUUUUUGAAACGGGCUUUGGCAAAGAGGAUCCGAAUCAGAACGAAGUUUCUUUUGCAGCCUUGAAGACUGCUGAUGCUGAUGACGCUGGUCACUGUUUUGAGUUUCAGACAAGCUGGGACCUGGUCGUGGACUUGCUCAAGAAUCACAACCUCGCGAAGAGCAUGAUCUAUGUGAAUGUGUUGGAGCACACACCUGUGUGGCCUGCAACGAAGACCACAAUGGCUGCUGAAGAAGAAGCGAAAGAUCCUUUGGAUUUUCUGGACUCGGGCGCGGACAAGGCAUCGGAGUUCCAUGAUGUGGAGGCAGAUGAAGGUAUUGAGGGGGCAGUUUGCCCCGAUGCCCUCCUUGCAGUUUUUGAAGAGAUCGGCAUUGGCAGUUUGGACACUGAUGAUGCGUCUGACAAGUUGGCUGGCAACGGCGCUGCUGUAUUUAAGGCACCUUUGCCAGGCGAAAUCCGCAGAGUCUGCAACGAGGUGCUCUGCGGAGAUGCCAAGUGCGGGACGCUGGCUUACCUGGUGCAUUGGAAUCCUGCUGCUAUUGCAGCGAAUUGUGUUGUACAUUCAAACUGUUACUUGACUGCGCCGCUGAUCGAUUCAGAUGAAGACUCUCUCAUUCGCUGGCUUGGAGAGGGCUUCUGUUUUAGAAGUGCGGAGGACCACCGUUCCUGUGCCCCCAAGGGUUGCUACUCCAGCAGGCCGCGCCCUUUGUUGCGCUUGGCCUGCAAAGCAUGCGGGCUGUCCACCCACGACAUUGACCCCAUUGUGAAUGGCGUGUGCAUGGAGUGGGCAGCUGGAAGCUACAGGCUUACAAGGCAGAUGCAGGAAAUGGGAAUCGUGGUGGAGCAGCCAACAGGUCCUCUUUGCCGAUAUUGCCAUGAUUGUUCCCGACGUGCUUGGCCACAGAUGAAAAGAGAUGUCUUCCUGUCGUCCCUUGAUAAGGACAGCUUCAAUCAGGAGUUCGUGGCAGCCCGGCUGGCCUACUUGGAUGAGAUCAGGGAGAAAAUCAGCACUGGGCGUAGCCGGGUGAAGAAGCGCAGUCGCACGGUGACAAAGGCUGAGAUGAUGGAGGACUUCGGUGACCCUGCAACGAAUGGCUUGAACCACAAAGUCGUGAAGACUAUCAACCCAGUGAGCCAGAAGGAAGUGCAGGCGGUCUUCAUACCAAAGGAGAAGGAUGGGUAUUGGGAAGGAUCCGUAUCUCACAGUGCUCAGUUUGCAGAUACGUCCAUUGUGGAUGACGAUGAGGCUGCCCUCCGGAAGAACCAAUUGGAUGCUUCUUUCUCAGAGCAGAAGCAAGCUGUCCUGGAAGAUGUUGCAAUGGCAAGUUCAAGCUCUGCACUGAGCAUGGGAGAGUCGAUUGCAAAGCUCAAGGAGAUCGAAGAAGAAAAGAAGAAGAAAAUGCUUGAAGAGGAUGAGCAUAAUGAAGAUGAUGAUGAAGAUGGUGAGCAGGGCAAGGGCAAGGGAGCAAAGAAGUUGAAGGCAGGGAAGAAGAAUGAUGCAGAAGGAGAAGAUGACAUUGACGAUGAGGAGGAAGUCAUGUACCUGCAAGCAAUCGAGGAGAUGUCGGAGGCAGGAUUGGAUCGACAGCAUUCGGCGCAGACUCUGGGCAGAACCACCAGCGGCAGCAGAAGUGAAGGUCUUGAAGUGGCAGUGCCAGGGCCGUUGCCUUCUGCGCCCAAGGAGGAUGUCAAGAGGUCAAUGGAGGCUGCUGAUGAGAUUGACAAGGGGCCAGCAGCCAAGGUUCCACGAAGAGCUUCGACGGCAACCCAAGGAGGAGGAACUUCAAAGGUGCUGCCACCACCAAGUCCAAGUCCAAGCACACCUUUGCCUUUGCAGAUGCCUGUUGCAUCUGGGCCAUCUGGCCGUGUGCAGGCUAUGUCACCCAAGAGUUCCCAGAUGGAGGUGGAAGUUGACAACGAGCUGAGCAAAAUCAGCGCAAAGACUUGGCCACAUUGCAAGCGCUUCCUUGCUGAUGAUUUCCUUGCCUCUGGUUCUGGACAGCCAAUGGCACUUCCAAGUGUGUACACAAAAGAUGCUCAGUCAGGAAAAUGGAAGGCAGAGUUGGAAAAAAUCAGGCCUUUUGUGUCCACACUGGAACGCAUCCUUUCAGAUCAAGGGAAGUGGAAAGACCAAGAGAUCAAAAAUGCAAUCAAGGCCAUGUCCAAGGUAAACUCAAAGACAGACAAGAAAGUUGAGUUUGAGGCAGCAAAGGCCUCAGAUCAAGAACUGACUUUGAGCACCCGGGUUUCCAUUCUGAGGGAGGGAUUCGAAUCCGUCCGGACUCUCAAAGAGCUUGCAAUUUCAUCGGGAAAAUCUGGAUCGAUAUCGGAACAGGCAUUGAAGGAUUCGGUGAUGAAAGUGCAGCAUACGAUGCAGAAGCUGAUGGCCUGGGUGACUGCAGCAGUUAAGUCAAAGGUGGAGGAUGCAUCCGUGAUGGAUUUGGCUUCUGCAGCAGCGCUUCACAAUUGCCUUUUCUUUCCACCCCUGCAUCUGGAGUUGACAAACCCUGAAGAUGGCAACGUGUUUGGGACACUGGCUGAUUUCUACUUCUUCUGCCCAAGCGGCCUAUCUGGCUUGCAGUUGGAAAAGGUACUCAAGAUGCAAUGCAAAUGGAUCCUGCAGACCUUCUUGCGGAUUUUCGCAUGUCCGCAGUACGACCAGUGUUUGGCCAGUUUGCGAGCCUUCUUGCCCAAGAACAUGCGCUACUUCUGCGAUGUUGUGCUUUCCCCAAAGCUGGCUGAAACAGUGGAGAUGCUUCAUUUCAUUGCGCAUUUCUCGGGCACAGAGAAUCUUGGUGAUCUAUCCAGCACUACCUGCCCUGACUUGGAGACUGUCUUGGCCCGAGUGUCUUCCAGUAUCACUUCCAAGACUCUUCAGCAGUACCACCGACCCAUCACAAGGAUUUCCAGUUUGACGAUGUUCAAGCGGUUCCUGAACGAGGGCCACAAGGUGGUUGUUUCAACGAAGAUUGACACAGAGGCAGCAAGCAAAGCAACUGAAGUUACAAAGCUCAUUGCUGAGUUGCAGGCAAAGGCAAAGGAUUUGAGUUUGCCAAACAACAUGGAGAGCUUCGAGAUUGAGAAGCUUUUGUCAAUGGUGAAGGAUUGCGUCAACUUAAAAGAGCAGUCCAGCUGGUUGCCAUUUGAUCCCCAGAGUGCCCACUACAAGACCAAGCAAAGUGCAAUAGUUGCUUUCGAUCAGGGUGUUGGAGCUGCUGCGCAGUACACAAUUGCCGGGGUGAUCGAAUGCUUCAAGUCACCUGAUUUACACAAGGAAACCGAGAAGGCAAUUCCUGUUGCAUUGAUGAAGCUUGGUUCCUUUGUCAAGGGAACGCAGUUAGAUCAAAAUUGGUCUGGCAGAGCCAAUCCAAAUGUUGAGGGGCACAAGAUUUUGAAGUUCUUGCCAUUUUCUGAACGGUGUUUCAUGAUCUAUGUGGCAGAUGUGGUCAUGGCCUUCCGGCUUUCAUCGAUUGUUGAGUCUGAGAUGACUUCGGAAGAGGAGUUCAAGUAUCCCUUUUCAUCAGCGCAAUGUUUCCUGGACCAUGUUGACGCCGUCACUGAUGUCAACAGAUGUGCUGUGCGAGAAGUUUUGGAAUCAACAGAUCAGUUGCGGAACAAUUUCAAGGAGUUGGCAGGCAAAGUGGCUUCAGCCAUUUUGGACCACAUGGGCACCAUGGAGGACAAGUUGUUGGAAGAUGUUUGGGCAACUUUGACCAUGCAGAUCAAGCCUUGGUUGGACAUCAAGAAUGAAGAUGUGAAGUCCAAAUUGCAAUCACUUGCCGCACGGAAGCAGUCUGCGACGCAACAGCUGUCAUCAGCAGAGUCUCAUGGUCAUGGUGAAAUUGCAGCUGCACUUCUUGAAGCAGUGGAACCUGUGAAAUCUCUUAUUGGUGGAAAAGGUGAGCUUUGCGAGAAGCUGAUGGUUUGUUCAGUUGAGAAGAUGCCGGAUAUGUUGUCAGGACUUGAGGGUCUGGGACACCUAUAUCUGAAGUUGGAGUCAAAGUUCAAUGAAGCCUUGAAGUCUCUUGGCCCUUCCUCUGAGCACACGGACUUCAUCAAGAAGCUGCUUGCGGAUGCUGAAGCUUUGGUCGCUGCUUGCAGGACAAUCUUGGGAUGCCAAUCAGGCUUAUUGGCCAUGACGAAUCACAAAGCUGACCCUACUUCCAUUGUGACUUUCAUUGACAAGCUCGCGAAGAGGGACAUGGCCAUUCAGUCGUUGCCAACAGCUUUGGUGGUUGCUCUAUCUAAAAUGGACAAAGGCAGUUUCCAUUUGCAAGCGUCCAGAGCCAUGGGUGCCACCACAAGUGUGGAGCCUUGCCCUGAGAAUGGUAACUUGGAUCCAUUGGAGGCCACGGCAGUGCAUGGACCCAUUGAUCCUUUGGAGGUGAUUGGGCAGAUUGACGCUGAGAAGAAGGAGAAACAUUGCGAAACAUCAGUCACAAGCAAUGUGCAGGAUGUUGAGCCUGCUGCAGCUGCUGAGCAUCCUACUUCAUCUUCAGAUGUUGAUGCUUUGGAGGCGGUGCCAGUAUCUAUGGCACACCACCAUGCAGAUGACGGCCAUGCUGAUGCCAAGAGACAGGACUAUCGGACUGCCGACUGCGGACAGCGGACUGAGUCGGAAGACUUGAGCAGUUCCACUUUGACUGAGACCGCAAUUCCAACUCCUAUGAUUCCUUCGCCCUUGACUAUGGCUGCACAAGAGGAUGGCCGCAUAUCUUCUUCUGUGGCUGACACAGCAGAACCUAGUACAGUUUCUGAAGUCGGCGAGGAUGGCAGUGCCUGCGCAUUUUCUGCGGCUGGCCCAACAGAAGCCAUUGCCAUAGCCAAUGCGGCAGAGGACAUUGCCAUCGGCAUCAGCAGCAUUCGCAGUGGUGAUAAUAAUGGCGGUGGCACCGUCAUGGGCGUGGACGAGGCUGCUGAUGAUGUUCCCGCUGCGGGUGGCGAGUGUGACAUGGACAAGGACAUGGGCAUUGGCAUCGGAAUUGGCAGUGGCGAUGUCAGCAUCGCCAGCAUGGCUAUGGGGGUCAAGGAGGCUGAUGUUCCAGCUGCGGCAGAUGCUGAUGUUCCAGCUGCGGCAGAUGACAUUGACAAGGCCAACAAGUCCCACAAGGCUCUUGAAGUCGUGCAGAGAAUUUCCAAAUAUUUCAGAGCCAUGAGUGAUGGCAAUGGCGUGGAUCAUUUGGAGAAGGCUGAGAAGAAGGAUCAGGAUACUGAUACUGGUCAUACAGCUGCAGAUGACUCAGAGACGAUCACAUCCGAGCCAGAUGAGCUGGGAUUCCCAUUGAGUUCGCCAUCUCUUCCAAGACCAUCUCCUAGAUCAACUCCUCCAAUGACACCAGUGUCUCCUCCAGAGCCGCAGCCCGAGCCUGAAGCUGAAAAGAAUGCAACGUGGGUGGACGCUGUCAUCAAGGUGCUUGGACAUCAUUUGCGCCAGCGAACAAUUUCCUCCACGCUGGAGUAUGGAUCAGAUUGCUCUGGCCUUGAUGCUCCCUUUCAUGGAUUGCGGUCAGUGGUGGAUGCAAUCCAGGCAGAAAUUGGAGUUGUUGAAAGGGACAACCUACGAGGUGGGAAGGACUGGAUCACGAGUGAGCGUAAGCCAGUUCCAUCUGUGAAGGUGUACACAGGAAUGAGCUCCAAGACGCUUCAGAAAAGUUUGGACUAUGUGAAACAGAAGAGACCUGCCCUGGUCAUGAUCGAGAACGUUCAAAAAAAGGAGACUGAGCAGAUCGUCACCGCAGCUCUUCAGGAAAUGGAUUACGUCACCCAGGCAUUUUUUGCCAACAGCGCUAGCUUCGGGUUGCCGCAAAGUCGCACACGACUUUACGUCUUGGCCGUGGACCCGGGCCAAUGCCACAUCAUCCACGGCCCUGAGACAUGGAAGGAAAUCUCUUCGGAGCUCAUCGGCCAGACACCAGCUUUCGGAGAUUUGAUGCUUUCUGAAAGUGAUCCCAGAGUAGCUGCCUUGCUGGAUAAGUUGAAGGCCAGGGAACUUACGCCAGAUGAAGUCAAGGAGUCCCUGACACAUGGCAGCACAUGGCCAACAGGACAUGAGCAACACCAGGUGGCAAGGAAACAACUUGCCGAAAGAUUCCAAGUGCAGGUUCCCACUGGCCCUGAACUAUUUGACCAAUACUCUUCAGCAUGGAGCAAGACGCUGCCGCCAAGGGAACAAGACCUGUUGUUGGAUUUGAAGAGCAAGAAUGAGGCAGCAGAGACCUUGGCCAAGGGGCAGGGCCAAAGCCAAGGUUACAUUUGGGAUUUGACGAAUUCCAUUUGCUUUUCGAACUGGAAGUCAGAGUCAUCCUUGGAUGUGAAUUACUUCGUGGUCAAGGGUUGCGAUUGGAGGGUGAAAGACGUGGGCCCAUCGAGGAGGAUAAGAUCCAAAUCGCGGUCCCGCUCCAGACCGAAGUAUGAGCUGCGCAUGAAUGUUUUUGUGGGUCCAAAGCGGAUUGUAACGACUGAAGAUGAUUCCAGUCAGUAUGACAAACUGUUUACAAAGCCGGCGAAGCCAAAGGCUCACAGUCAGCAGAAGCAGAAGCUUCAAGAUGGUGCCAAGGGAAAUGUUUCAAACAUGAAGCGCCCUGCUGCCAGUGGAUAUGUGCCCAAAGGGCAACAGUUGAAGCUUGAGCAUUUUGCCAAGCAGCA